UUCCAUUCAUAUAAAAGACCCUGGUGACCACCAGCAGCAUCCAAACAGAUCACAAACCUUGAGAUUUGAACCUCACCAACCAGGAAAACACAAUAAGAGCCAUGAGUACAGCUGCCGUCCAGCAAAGCCGGCCUUUUAGCAGAGCCGUCAGAAAGAUCAAGGUGGCUUCGACGGUGAACAGCCUCGCCAAAAGCUGGCAAAGCUGGGCGAACAAACACACCGACAAGCAAGACAUGAUCCCGAGCGGAUGGAUGCCCGACACCAUCAUUGAGGACACGAAAGAAAAGCAGAAGGAGAAGAGUGAGAUGAAACUCUUGGUUACUCCUCGUGUGGUUUCAGUGAAUAGCGAAGAUGAUGCGGACGACCAGAUCAAGACGGUGACCGUGACUAAAGCCAUCACGCCAAAAUGUAACGAAUACGGAAAAGACUUAGUGAACAUCAUCAAGGAGAAGAUCAACACCAAUCAGCUAACAUCAGAGGACACCAAAAACUUUCUUGGCAACGAAUCUCCCACCAGGAGACGCUACUGUGGCGGGAAAGCAGGAACUUUGAUGAAGGCGCUGGGAUCCCGAAGUAGCGGUUCAGAUGCUGAGGACAGUGGUCUUGGGGAGGAAGCAUCUCUGAGCGACAACAGCGAUCAGAAUGAGAGUGAACCAAAGAAACAUGUCAACAGACAAAAGAUUAAAAUAACCACCAUGGACGACUUGAGGAGCACGUGGCAGCGGUUCGCUGAAGACCACAUUAAAGGCCAGAAGCUCAACCCUUUCAGUGAAGAGUUUGACUAUGAACAUGCCAUGGCUAUUCGACUCCAAAAGGGCGAUACGGGAUACGGACGGCCCAAAGAGGGAUCCAAGACUGCCCAACGUGCCGAUCGGGCUCAAAAACACAUCCACCGUGAGAUGGAGGAGAUGUGUUUUAUCAUACGCGACAUGGGCCAGCGGGAUAAAGAGGGAUGUAUCUAUGUCACCUUCGGCCGUCUGUUUGACCGCUACGUUAAAAUCUCCGAUAAAGUUGUGGGAAUUUUGUUGCGCUGUCGCAAACACAAGAUGGUGGACUUUGAGGGCGAGAUGCUCUGGAAGGGCCAGGAUGAUGACGUUAUAAUCACAUUACUAGAAUAAUGUGCUAGAAAGUUGCUAAUGCUGCAUUCAAGUCCUCCUGGGAAGUUUGUAUUUAUGAGUUGACAAG